GGCAGGGCGGGCGCACGCGGAACAGUUUCGGCGGUGAGUGAGGAAAGGAAUAAUGCUGACAGCAUGUCUGCACACUCCAUGCUCUGUGAACGAAUAGCCAUAGCCAAGGAACUGAUCAAGAGAGCAGAAUCCCUUUCUAGAUCAAGAAAAGGUGGCAUAGAAGGUGGUGCUAAGCUGUGCAGCAAAUUGAAGGCAGAAUUAAAAUUCUUACAAAAAGUAGAAGCUGGGAAAGUAGCUAUUAAAGAAUCCCAUUUACAGAGCACGAAUCUAACACACUUAAGAGCCAUUGUGGAAUCAGCAGAAAACCUGGAAGAAGUUGUUAGUGUUCUUCAUGUCUUCGGUUACACAGAUACAUUGGGAGAAAAGCAGACCCUUGUGGUGGAUGUAGUUGCAAAUGGUGGUCAUACCUGGGUGAAAGCUAUUGGCCGAAAGGCUGAAGCACUGCAUAACAUUUGGCUGGGCAGGGGCCAGUAUGGUGACAAAAGCAUCAUUGAGCAGGCAGAAGACUUCCUCCAGGCCAGUCACCAGCAGCCAGUGCAAUAUAGCAACCCUCACAUUAUCUUUGCGUUUUACAACAGUGUCUCCAGCCCCAUGGCAGAAAAGCUGAAAGAAAUGGGCAUAGCUGUGAGAGGAGACAUAGUGGCAGUUAACUCUCUGUUAGAUCACCCUGAAGAGCUCCAACAGAGUGAGAGUGAAUCGGAUGAUGAGGGCCCAGAACUUUUGCAGGUGACCAGAGUAGACCGAGCAAAUAUACUAGCAAGUGUUGCGUUUCCAACAGAGAUUAAGGUCAAUGUGUGCAAAAGAGUAAAUCUGGACAUUACUACUUUAAUUACAUAUGUAUCUGCCCUCAGUUAUGGAGGCUGCCACUUCAUCUUCAAAGAAAAAGUACUCACAGAACAAGCAGAGCAGGAGAGGAAAGAGCAGGUUCUACCUCAGCUGGAGACAUUUAUGAAGGACAAGGAGUUGUUUGCUUGUGAAUCUGCUGUCAAGGAUUUUCAGUCUAUUCUAGAUACCUUAGGGGGACCUGGGGAGAGAGAGAGGGCCACUAUGCUAAUUAAGCGAAUCAGUGUGGUACCAGACCAGCCUUCUGAGCGUGCCUUGAGACUAGUGGCUAGUUCAAAAAUCAAUAGCCGCUCAUUAACUAUAUUUGGAACAGGAGACACCCUAAAAGCCAUCACAAUGACUGCAAAUAGUGGUUUUGUCAGAGCUGCUAACAACCAGGGUGUUAAGUUUAGUGUGUUUAUCCAUCAGCCCAGAGCACUUACUGAGAGCAAAGAGGCCCUAGCUACCCCUUUACCAAAAGUCUACACAACUGGCAGAGAAUACUAAUGAUAAGCCCGUGGAAAUAAGUUAUCUAUGUACCAAAGGUUCGAUUUUUCCAUGUAAAUUGGAAGGGGGAAAAAAGGUCUUUAGUAAGGAUAAUUAUUUAGAACUCUCAAACCAGUAGUUUUUCAUGUCUCAUCUAUAUUUAAAGUGUAUAUAACCUAAAGUAGAAACAGCACAAGAGACGACUUUAUUUCUCAAAUUGUCUGUUAUACAGCAAUUAAGAACAAAACCGCAUUUACAUAAAGCUUUUAGCUGUAUUGCAAUAGUUUAAUUUGUUUGAUUCAGUAGGGUUACAAUCUUCUGCCCCCCAAUAGAUAAUCACAUUUCAUGGAAUAUGGGUACACUGCAUCUUGCAUUAAAUUGAGAUAAUUC